UCAACAGUUCCAUGGCACUUUUUUAAUGACAAAGAAGAAGUUUCAGAUUUUGGGGGGUGAGGGGCUGGCCUGUUUUUUUUUUUGUUCCGCUGGAGGGUCCUGUCUGGACGCGGAGCGGCAGGAGCACAACACCCCGACCGGGAGGCACCACGUCGCGGGAAAUCGGUGAAAUCACGGCGGCGUGAGGGAGCGCGCUGCCCCCUAAGGAGGAAGAAGAACCAGCCGUUAUCGCCCUCCAGCUCCGGGGUCAACGGGCACGCCAGCGACUGGCAGCUACCGCCGUUAGCCUCAACUCCUCUGCGGGUCCAGGGGGGGCUCUGGCAGGGGCAGGGGGCGGGGGUACACCGAGAAGGGAGACGACCGCACGCCGAGAGGAGGGGGCUGGAAGUCUGAUAACGCUUCCAGCCUGAAGGGGCCGGCGGUUUGGCCACAGCACCCCCCCGGACUAGCUAGCUUUGUACCCGCGCGGCUAAGUGAAUGGGAUGGAGCCGGGACCGUCUGGCGCUGUGCCCAUGGGGGUCUUCCCCCCACCCCUGCAGCAGGUGUUCCAUGCCCCCCGCCGGCCAGGAAUGGGCACCGUGGGCAAGCCCAUCAAGCUGCUGGCCAACUAUUUUGAGGUUGAGAUCCCAAAGAUGGACGUCUACCACUAUGAGGUGGACAUUAAGCCCGACAAGUGCCCACGACGAGUCAACAGGGAGGUGGUGGAGUACAUGGUGCAACACUUCAAGCCCCAGUUGUUUGGCGACAGGAAGCCGGUGUAUGACGGCAAGAAGAACAUCUACACGGUGCUAGCACUUCCAAUCGGGAGUGAGAAGGUGGAUUUUGAGGUGACCAUCCCAGGCGAGGGUAAGGACCGAAUUUUCAAGGUGUCCAUCCGUUGGCUGGCCAAGGUGUCAUGGCGCCUGCUGCAAGAGACUCUGGUCAGUGGCCGCCUGCAGGUCCCCCUCGACUCAGUUCAAGCCCUGGACGUGGCCAUGCGCCACCUGGCCUCUAUGAGGUACACUCCAGUGGGCCGUUCAUUUUUCUCCCCACCUGAAGGAUACUACCACCCACUGGGCGGGGGGAGGGAAGUCUGGUUUGGCUUCCACCAGUCUGUGCGCCCCGCCAUGUGGAAGAUGAUGCUUAACAUUGAUGUGUCUGCCACGGCCUUCUAUAAAGCCCAGCCUGUAAUUGAGUUCAUGUGUGAGGUUUUGGACAUUCGCAACAUCGACGAGCAGCCCAAGACUCUCACUGACUCACAAAGGGUUCGGUUCACAAAGGAGAUUAAAGUUAAUUCUUGUGUACCCGGCUUGGUGUUGGCAGGCUUGAAGGUGGAGGUGACCCACUGCGGCCAAAUGAAGAGAAAAUAUCGUGUAUGCAAUGUCACCCGACGUCCUGCCAGCCAUCAGACGUUUCCCCUCCAACUUGAAAGUGGGCAGACAGUAGAAUGUACAGUGGCCCAGUACUUCAAGCAGAAGUACAAUCUGCAGCUUAAGUACCCCCACCUACCCUGUCUACAGGUGGGCCAGGAGCAGAAGCACACCUACCUGCCCCUGGAGGUGUGUAACAUUGUAGCAGGUCAACGAUGCAUUAAGAAGCUGACAGAUAAUCAGACCUCCACUAUGAUCAAAGCCACAGCUCGCUCCGCACCCGACAGACAAGAGGAGAUCAGCCGGCUGAUGAAGAACGCCAACUUCAACCUGGACCCGUACAUCCAGGAGUUUGGGAUCAAGGUGAAAGAUGACAUGGCUGAAGUGACGGGCAGAGUGCUCCCGGCCCCAAUCCUGCAGUAUGGAGGACGGAAUCGUGCCAUAGCUACCCCCAACCAGGGAGUGUGGGACAUGAGAGGAAAGCAGUUUUACAACGGCAUUGAGAUCAAAGUGUGGGCGAUUGCCUGCUUUGCCCCCCAGAAACAGUGCAGAGAGGAGGUGCUCAAGAACUUCACAGACCAGCUGCGUAAGAUCUCCAAGGAUGCUGGGAUGCCAAUUCAGGGCCAGCCAUGCUUCUGUAAAUACGCCCAGGGAGCCGACAGCGUGGAGCCCAUGUUCAGACACCUGAAGAACACCUACUCUGGUCUACAGCUCAUCAUCGUCAUCCUGCCAGGAAAAACUCCGGUCUAUGCGGAGGUGAAGCGUGUGGGAGACACCCUCCUUGGCAUGGCCACCCAGUGUGUUCAGGUGAAGAACGUGGUGAAGACGUCCCCUCAGACCCUCUCCAACCUCUGCCUCAAGAUCAACGUGAAGCUGGGAGGCAUCAACAACAUCCUGGUGCCUCAUCAACGGUCAGCAGUGUUCCAGCAGCCGGUUAUCUUCCUGGGAGCAGACGUCACGCACCCCCCGGCUGGAGAUGGCAAGAAGCCCUCCAUUACUGCUGUGGUAGGCAGUAUGGAUGCUCAUCCCAGCAGAUACUGUGCCACAGUGCGAGUCCAGAGACCCAGACAGGAGAUCAUUGAAGACUUGUCUUACAUGGUGCGAGAGCUGCUAAUUCAGUUCUACAAGUCGACUCGCUUCAAGCCCACCAGGAUCAUUUUCUACAGAGAUGGCGUUCCUGAGGGACAGUUGCCGCAGAUUCUCCAUUACGAGCUCCUGGCCAUCAGAGACGCCUGCAUCAAGCUGGAGAAAGACUAUCAGCCAGGCAUCACCUACAUUGUGGUGCAGAAACGCCAUCACACACGACUCUUCUGUGCUGACAAGUCUGAAAGAAUUGGGAAAAGUGGGAAUAUUCCUGCAGGGACGACAGUGGACACCAACAUCACUCAUCCCUUUGAGUUUGACUUCUACCUGUGCAGCCAUGCAGGCAUACAGGGUACCAGCCGACCGUCUCAUUACUACGUCCUUUGGGACGACAAUCGUUUCACGGCUGAUGAGUUGCAGAUUCUAACCUACCAGUUGUGCCACACAUAUGUGCGUUGUACCCGCUCAGUGUCCAUCCCUGCUCCAGCCUACUAUGCUCGUCUUGUGGCCUUCCGUGCCCGCUACCAUCUGGUGGACAAAGAACAUGACAGUGGCGAGGGCAGCCACGUGUCUGGUCAGAGUAACGGUCGGGACCCACAGGCGCUGGCUAAGGCUGUUCAGAUUCACCACGACACCCUGAGGACCAUGUACUUUGCCUGAGAUACACACACCAUCACAACUAUCAACCCCUCCCACCUCAUUUCUACCUGAGUGGGCAGACGGCCCACCGUCACCUCAUCCCCAUCCCUUAUUCCCAAUGACUGCCCACCACACACACACUCCACAGACCUGACAGUCAAUCACCCAAAUCCAAGAAACGUAAAGCCCUUCACCUGUAAAACACAGGCAGACUCAACAGCCUCAUGCACUCAAAAGGUUAUGAAUAUUAUUAUUGUCAUUUUGUUCUCUUUUUACUUUUCCAGGACUCUAUUGCUCUUUUUAUGUUGAAUUUUUAAAACGUGGGUAUUAUUAUGUAAUUGUAUUGUACGCUACCUUCACACUCCUAUGUAUUUAAGUAUGCAAUACGGAUGGGAGGAAAAUAGGCGAUAAAAAGAAAAACACUUUUUAAACUGCCACCACAAUGCUGCCUCUUUACCAUCCGAACGCGGGAUACCAGUGUUCCAAGCCCCUUAGUAUGGGGAUCCUCCAGAGGGGUGGUACUGGGCACGCACACUUACAUGUAUCAUUUUAACGUUGCCAUGAACUACAUUCAUGUUUUUUAUGUUUUUUGAAUAAUGUUAUUUCUUUUAAACUACCUUGAGGAGUGUGAGGUAUGGUACAUUAGCACUUAGUGUUAGCAUGUAGGUGCCACCAGUCCUGCACAUAAGAGUUUGUUAGUAGAUGUGAGGCUAGCCCUCUGGUCUUCACAUUAGCAGAGGCAGACAGAGCAGGUGUAGCAUAUCGUAGACACAGGAGAAAAGUCCUGCCGUGCACUCUGUGCUGGUUAGCCAGUCCCUUAGAGAUUUAGCCUAUAGCGGCAACCUUAGCAUAACAGUAGAGGGACCAUUUGCAUAGAGUGUAUCCAAUAUACUUGCACCCCAUGCACCUAAACCAGCAUUAUUAACCAGCCAAAAGUGAUGCCAACCAAUGGAAAAGGGGCACUUAAACAGGAAGAGAAUCUUUUAUUUCUGUCUUUUACGAUAUAUGAGGCACUUUUUAUUUACUUAUUGUUUUGUUUUUUUACUUCGAAAUGGUGAGACUUGUUUGUACUGAGGGUUGACACACACACACACUAGGUUGAAGUUUUCCCACUCGCACAGCUUUCAGAACAAAUAGGUAACUAAGGCAAUAGGCAACACCUCUCUGUACAUUUGAUAACAGGCAAAUUCAGUGUGAAGUCUAUGAUCACUUAAGUGCUGCAAAGCUGAACUCUCAUUCAGCAACUGACCUUGCUCCGAUCAUUCUGCACAUUCCCACACGGAUCAGUGCAGAUGACGCCAGAUUCCACCCACGCACAUCUUUGCGUACCUGUACACAGCAUCCUGCACAUGUCCCAUUUUUAUACAAAGCUCUUUUCCUCUGCAGGCAUUUACAACUCACAGCCUGAAUAGCAGAAGCACACCCCCCCCGCCCUCUCAGUCUCUCUCUCAGCAUGUAGAGACCAACCUCUUCAAAUGCACUUGUCCCCUUAUUUCCCUCCAAGCCAAACUGUCACUUGUCACCUUUUCCAUCAUCACCUCGUCUUCUAACUUUCACUUUUAACCUGAAGCAUCCCCUGCCCCAAUCCCUUAGCUUGUGUUCGCCAAUCCCCAUUGGUGCUCUGUGUGCAUGGGCGACACAGAUAUGGGAUUGCUACAUUGGACAGGGUAGGCAAAUAUUAAUGAUUCUUAAUACGCCCUGCCUUUACAUCUCGUCACUUUCUGGAUUAAUUAAAAAAAAA